UUAAGCAUUGCUACACGGAAACGAUGGAAUGUGCUAAAAGGCUCAAUCGACUGAUUGACAAUGGACAAAUUGUGCCUGAAGAACACGGACAAGUUAGUGAUGCAAAACGGCUUGAAAAAUGUGUAUAUUUCUUGAAAAAGGUUCUCACCUGCGUAGACGUUGAUAUGCACUCUAAAGAUUUGAUGUGUUUUUUGAGUCACCUUAACGCCUCAAUUUGCCUCAGGGAACUUGCUCAUGCACUAUCAACUGUUCAGGAAGGGUUCCGGAAGUCUGCUCUUUCUCACCUUCUAGUGAAAGUUAUCAACGCAGACUUUCUAGCGAAGCUCUUGGAGGAACGUUUUUCACGACAGCAGGUGCGUGCGAUCUCACACCUUAUAACAAACCUGCCUUCAAAGGUGGCAAACGAGCUCAAGCUUGAUCUACCCGAAUUCUUCAAUGUAGAACGUUAUCCGUCAUUAUUAACGCGAGCCUGCUGUGCUCGUAUUAACGAACUUUCUGAAAACUUACGUCAAGGUAAAGACACCUAUUUAGGUUUGCUGGGCGCGUUAGUCGGAAGACUGGGAGUUCACUACCCUGAAACGUUCGAUGAGUUAGUGCAGUUCUUUCUCAGCCGUCCAGAAGAUUUUGUUUUUCGUCGAGUUGUUCACCGACUGAUCGUAGAUCUGCCAGUCGAUCUUAAGGAAAAUGCCAUCGUCCUCAUCUGCUACCGCACGCCGUGUUUCAAGCAAAUGGAUUGGCUUCUAGAGGAUUCCAUUACAAGAGAUGCGAACAUCGAAUACAUACUUACCAAAAAACUGCUACUUGGCAGAUACUUCAGUAAUGACCGCGUCCUAAGAAAUGUUAUUGGUUACCUUUGCAGUUCCCCAAGUCGACGAAAACUAGCUAGUCAGACUGCUGUAGAACUGUUUCACACAUGGUCAGAUAAAGUACUCAUGAAAUACCAAACUGUUGAACAGCAAAAAUAUCUGACAUGCGCUUUGCUAACCUUUGUAGGCUUUGUUAAGGCCGAUUUCUAUCUCGAUGUACCUGACCAUGACAAAUGUAUUCAAGCCUGUCUUGUUGGCAUCCAGAACCAUUUGUCGGAGCCGGACGAAGUUUUGCGAGAUUACGGUAUGAUCGUUGGUAGAGAAUUUUUGGCUGUGAUGAGAUCAGACGUGAAAGCUCCUGAUUUCCCCAUACAUGUCUCCCAGUAUAAAGACAUAAUGUCAUUCCUUGAUACCCCAUCUGAAAAGAUCGAGCCAAUUACUCUGCAAAAAGUAGAGCCGCAGUUCAAACCAAAGACCGGAGUCGACAGCGACGACGACUCAGAGCCUAAUAAUGAUGAUGAUCUGGUUUACCAAAUUGAUCCGCAAUGUAAGAUCCCACUGUACCUUCGGGAUUGUCUACGCCUAAUGGUACCAGAUAAGGAUGGAGAAAAUAUAGAGCAGGCGAAGAUCUGUCUAGAGCAUUUGCCGCAGCUUAUCGUUCGAUAUCCUGAAGAACUACGUGACAUUGCAGUAGACCUUUGCCGGCUAGUACUUUAUGCUGAGGAGUGCCCACGGGUGUUUCCGCAGAUCGCGUCCCUCAAAAGAGAAUCACUAGUACUUCUUCUUAUACAUGCUCCUAUUCCGUCGUCAACAUAUCUAACUGACCAGUUCUAUAGCCUACACGUAAGUCACACUCAGAGGUUAGAAAUUCUAUCCGCAAUUACACUGGCUAGCGAUCGUUACGUGAAGGAGCUGACUUUUAGUGGAAAAAACUUCCUCGUAAAGCCAAAAGCUAAACAGAUAAAAAGUUCAAAUAUUAUUCGUAGCCUUGACCAGUUAACUGCUGAGCCUCGAAAAAUUGCCGAAUAUAGCGGGGAUGAUUUCGACAUUAACAUCUGCGAACAGGAAAGUAGUGAUACUGUUGAACGUCACUGGAAAGAGGUUGUCGAUAAACGAAUAUCCAGCAAGACUCGGAAGAUUACUUCGAAAACAGAGAUAUCGACUCAAGAAAAUCGAUUUGGUGAGGUUGCGGGCCAUUUCUUUUACCCAUUGAUGCGCCCAUUUACAAGUGAGACAUACCUUCGAGUGCACGACGUUGAUAGCUUUCUGCUAGUCAAACUUUUAGAAACCCUUGGCGUUAUAAUGAGUUCAGCUCGCCACACACCUCGAGCCUAUCAGAUGGGUCGAACCCUUCUUCAGUUUGCUUCGGCUUUUCGCUAUCAUGAUCAUGAGCCAGUGCGCAGGGCUUGCUUUUUUGCUAUUGCUUCAGUGUUUACUUCAGUCCCAGAGGAGCUCCUAGACGACGAAAACCAAUUAGGUUUGGAGGCCGCUGAGCUGGGCCCGUGGCUGAAUACCGUUGCCACAAACGCACCAUCUCUUGAAGUAAAGGUAUCUUCUCAAAUAGGUCCAUCUCUGUUGACCGCUAAACGCAUUCAGGAACUCACCUAA